AAGUCACGGGCGAUUCUUUGUCGUCGUCCAACACUUUCCUCUUCGUCGCCGGAGAAAUCUUGUCGACGGGUAAGUCUCUUCCUUAAAUCCAUUACUCCGGCGAUCGCAUCGGAGAAGUAUUUGGACUUGAGUACCAAUUUUGGUUAAUGCUCUUGUCGUUGAAGGUAUUUUGAAGAUGGAUAUAAUCUCACAGUUGCAAGAACAAGUGAAUUCGAUUGCUGCAAUCACUUUCAAUGCUUUUGGGACACUCCAAAGGGAUGCACCUCCUGUCCAGCUUUCACCUAAUUAUCCUGAACCACCUGCUGCUGCAACCACGGUUACUGAUGAUGCUACCCCUUUUCCUGAGCAACCUAAGCAGCUUAGUGCCGGUUUAGUUAAGGCUGCUAAACAGUUUGAUGCUUUGGUUGCUGCACUUCCCUUGUCAGAAGGUGGUGAAGAAGCUCAGCUCAAAAGAAUCGCUGAACUCCAGGUGGAGAAUGAUCUUAUUGGUCAAGAACUCCAGAAGCAACUUGAGGCUGCAGAGAAGGAGCUAAAGCAAGUCCAAGAGCUGUUUGGACAAGCUGCAGAUAACUGUCUGAACAUGAAGAAACCUGAAUGAAAUGAUUGACCUUUAUGUCAAGCUGACUCAGAAAUAAUAUGAUCUGGUUCAGCAACAAUUAGUUUUUAGGUUGAGAAUGAAUAUCAAUUCGGAUUUGGAUCACCAAAAACAUUGUUGCGGAAUCAAUUACAAAAAUGUUAUUUAGCUC